GCUGCACCUCUGUCGUCGUUGCCAGUUCGCAGUUCACAGUUCACCUCACAGCAGCGCGUGAUUGCAACGCCCGCCGCCCGCCUGUAAACGCUGCUGCAUGCGAUCGCGAUGCUGCCGCCGCCUUUGUAACUCCGCCAAUCCGCCGCGCCCCAUCCGCUCCGCGCCGCUGCGUCUGAAUGUCCCUGGCGAACCACCGCUACAACCCGGCCAUGAGCAACUCAUUCGAGAAGUCGGUCAAGAGAGGCACCAAAGUCAAGCUUGCGCCGCCCAAGUCCAAAUAUGUCGAGCACAUCCUGCUUGCCACGCAAUCCGGCGAGGCAGGCGUCGCCGAGGUCUUCCGCACGCUCCAGAACCGACUACGCGACUCGACGUGGACCGUGGCCUUCAAGGCGCUGAUUAUCGUGCAUUUGAUGAUCAAGGAGGGCGUGCAGGACGUCACGCUCAGCUACCUUUCCGCCGCGCCGCGCAAUCGAUUAGCCAUCAACACAUUCACCGACGUGCAGACUCAAGGGCAAAAUAUCCGCGUUUACUCUGAAUACCUUCUCUCGCGCGCACUGGGAUACGAACGGACAAGAUGCGACUAUGUGCGCGCUGGCGAGGGGCGUAUGAAGCGCCUGACCGUGGACAAAGGGCUGCUUCGUGAGACGGAAACCGUACAGAGCCAAAUUGCAGCAUUAGUGAGAUGCACCUUCUUGAACAACGAUGUGGAGAAUGAGAUCUCCUUGACUGCAUUCCGUUUGCUCACGAGGGACUUGCUGGAUCUGUACAAUGUCGAGAACGAGGGCGUGAUGAAUGUCUUGAGCCAUUAUUUUGAGAUGUCGAGGCCCGACGCGGAGAGGUCUAUCGCAAUAUACAAGAAGUUUUGCAAACAGACGGAACAGGUAGUGCAGUACCUGAGUGUCGCUCGGCAGUAUGAGCAUGCGACGAGGCUUGCCAUACCCAAGCUCAAACAUGCCCCCACCAGUCUUGCUGCCUCUCUGCAGGAGUAUCUGGAUGAUAAAGACUUCGAGAUCAAUCGACGGCAGUAUCUUGCGGAGCAGGAAUCGAAGAAACCCGGGGCUAAACCUUUCUCAAAGACCACGUCGGCUGCGAAAGCAGCGACUAAACCCGCAGCGCCAAUUCCAACGCCGUUCGAUGAUAUCAAGUCUGGCGCGACUGCUGCGCCAGCAAGCCAAACCGCCAAGGGGCCGGCGCCGGACCUCAUCGAUUUCUUUGAGUCUAUCGAGUCGAACCAACAAACCAUGCAGACCAAUCCAUUUCUACAGCAACAGCAACAGCAGCAGCAGCAGGUCCAGCAGAUGCAGGCGCAGCAAUUGCAGAUGCAAAUGACUGGUUACCAGCAACAACCACCCAGUAUGAGUUACUCGCAGGAUCCUCAACAGCCGUUCAAUGGAUACGCUGGGCCAGGAGUGCCGCAAAUUCAGUAUGAUCAACAGGCAGCGCCACAGACACAGUCGCAGCCACAGCCCAUACAAGCUCAAUACACUGGCGCCGGAUUUGGUGGGUACAGCCCGCAGCCACCUCAACAGCAAGCGCUGGCAACUGGACAAACUACGAACCCAUUUCGUUUAUCCAUGAUGCAGACAGGAGCCAACACUGCAGGCUCAACGCCCGGACAACAGGCUCUCAAUCGUCAAUCCACAAAUCCGUUCGCUAAAAGUGCAUUUGCAUCAAUACCUGAGAACGGCCCUUCUCCCCCUCCUCAACAGCAAAACUCUUUAAAUGGAACGCAAGGUCCCUUCCAGACUCAGCCACUUCAAGCACAAGCCACUGGAACGAACCCGUUCGCGAGAAGCACACCAAACUUGCAGCCGCCAUCCGCGCCGAAUGCAUUGCAGGUGCAGCCCACGGGAAGCACCAAUCCUUUCAGACAAUCGCAGUUCGUCAAUCAGCAGACAGGGAGUGGCUGGCAACAUGGACCUCAAAAUACCAUGGGGGGCAUGGAGAAUUUAGAAACUGUUCCUGUCUUUCCGCGGCCAGGAGCACAAUCGACGCAACAGCAACAACAACCAUGGGUAUGAGGAGAAUUUUUGCAUCCAGGUGGAAAUCUUGAGAGACUUUUAGCGUGGAGUUCAGCGAACCAUAUUGGUAACUUUCAUAAUAACAGCGUCAGGCCUCGAUACCCAGCAAAGGCGUGUUCGCGAUUAUUCUAUGAUUCA